AUGACGACCCGUGUGGAAGAUGCUCCCAGCAAUAUAUCGUCACUGAGAUCAGAACACGAGAGACACUUGAGAGACCGGGAUGAACUUCUCGCUGAAGACUUCACCACAAAUCGCCAGUCAGCGUUGUCCAACGGUGGCGGCCACUCGGUGAUCAACUUGGGCACAGGCCACACCGGCACAGAUGAGCUGCAUCACUCGCGGUUGAAAUCGGUGGACAGGCGCCUGAACGAAAUAAUUUCGAUGGGGGCCUCCAGCCUAUCAGGCCUUAAAGAGCAGAGGCCCCAGCCGAACGCCGCCAGUUGA